AUGGUGGACACACUCGACCCCCGCUUCCUCGGUCCCGUUAUCGAACAGGAGCAGGAUGACGAUGGCAGGUCGACUGUUUACGCGUCGACUGACAAUGGCUGGACUAAUGAUGGCCAAAGCGACGCCGGCAAUCCGCCCGCCCCUGCUCCGCCAACUUUUCCCCAGUCAGACUCGACGAAACUCAUUGAUUUCGACGACUCUGAGGGUGGCCAAGCUGCUGUCGCUGACAACAAUUCCAUCCAGACGAGUCCCGAUGUCAUCGAGCAAGGCUUCGCCAAAGAGGUUGCUACGAUCUCGUCGAGCGGGAAUACACCUCCGAUCAAGCCUUUUCAGUCAGGUCGCAAGGUCCUAGACCCUUCGUCAGCCGAGUUCACUCCCAGCAGCUCGGCCCCAGACGACUUGCCGUCGAUUCACUCUGUCUCGUCGUACUGCGAUGCUCGGCAGAGCCAAGAACCCAGAUACGAUCUUGUCACCACUCUCAAGUCUCGUCUCAAGCAGCUCGAGAUCGACCACGAGACUCUCAAACGUGAGAACGAUAAUCUCGACAUGGUCAACGAAACGCUCAAACACCAGUCGAACUUGGACGAGUCUACAAUCACAAAGUUGAAGGAUCGUAUCACCGAGGCCGAGCUUCUCAGACGCAGGGCGCAGACUUACUCUGUCGAACUCAAUGAGCGAUGCAAACAGGGUCAAGGAGCCUUGAGCCAGCUUCAAGAAGAAUUCGAACAUAGUCAAAUCCAACUUGAAGAGUACAAGAACAAGUAUGCCGGGGCUGUUGCAAGCAAUGGACCUCUCCAUUCCCAAAUGCAGGGCAUGCAGAAUUGUCUGCUCAAUGCUGUUGAGCGAGCCAAAAUGUACGAGGCCUUCAUGCGCAACUUUCUUGCUGAUCAUCCCGAGUUUACAGCAGCUUUUGCCAUCAUCGGCGUUUCCCCUGAUGGCGUUGGAAACAUGAACGCGAGUACCCCAACGCCCCCCGAUGACGAGCCUCUGAUCUCUUUUGAGGACUCUUCACCUACACUUUCCAAGCCUCAGAGUAUUCGUCCUAAUUUUUCGGCCGAGGACCGGCAGCCUAGUUCUCUGAGUCCGCCCCUAGACAACCGAAGCAUUGAGACGGCAGAUUCCCAGCACACUCAGGUCCACAAAGCGACUGGUCUAGACUGGAGUGAAGACAGCGAUAACAUAUGGGACUCUCCAUGCCAGAGAGAAAUUGCGCUGCAGAUACAUCAGCAAGUCAUCGGAAGUCGUCACCCUUUAAAGGUGCCGGGUAUGUUGAAAUACGGACUUCGGUAUAUCCGAAUCGAAACUGGUCAGAAGCUAACUGCCAACUACGGCGUACCAGAUGUGGCCUCCCGGACUGUCAUCAUGACUGGACUUCCUGACGAUGUCCAUGUCCAGCGAGUCCUUGAGCACAUUCGGGGUGGUCGGAUUCUCAAAGCUCAGACAGCUCCGAUGGGAACUGGCGAUAACCGCUUCAACCAUGCCUACAUCGAGUUCAUCUCCCCGGAGGAUGCCAUAGCGUUUUACCGCUGCAGCCUCAAUCGCGAAUUCGGAUUCGCCACGGCGAGUGACAGCUCGGUCCGAGUCCGCAUCAGCAUUCCCACCACGGACUCGUUCCCUCUGAAUACUUCAAUCCUGACCAUGAUUCGGGAGGGAUCUACACGUUGUCUCUCCGUUACUGGAUUCCCCGUCAUGCACCUGCAUGCAGUUCUCAACAAAGCUGGAUUGGCCUACACUUUCGCCGAAAUCAUUACGCACUUUGUCUACUCUGAUGAUGGAAGCUUUCAGAUCUCGUUUUCCAACAUCGAGUCAGCUGUACUUGUCCGUAAGUGCAUCAUUGGAUCCCCUCUCUACACCGGUUCACCCGAUGGACGCGAAGUGGCCUUUUGUCCGGACCCAUGCGAAGCCUCUCUUGAGAGCCUCCCCCAAGUUGCGUUCUUACCGACAGACGCAUCUUUUAAUGUCGACAUCCUCUCUGCUGAGAAUGCUCGUGACUUCCAAACUAAGGACAACGCCGGGGCCGAGGAUCAGCGCUAUCAAGAGGAACGGCUUGCCAAUGCCCAUUCGGAUGAUCCAGAGGAAAAGGCAGAUAUCGAAGCCUUGCGAGAGAGGCAGAAGCCCAUUGUUUGGGAAAAGGGAGCGAACUGGGACGAAGCCAUCGAGUACAUGGCUCUCGAUCCUGAUCAAGGAAAAGAGGUUCGUCACCGCAGAGAUCCCGAGUCGGGUGCUUUCCAAAUGAUGUAUUAUGGUGGUUGGGCCUACACCACCGAACAGUCGCAAAAGGAAUGGCUGCACUAUAACAUCGACAGCCCAAAUGCUUACACGCAAAAGACUGCAGAUCUCAUUUAUGCGAGCACUGGCUGGAUCGACCAGCGAAAGAUCGUCGUUGACGACGGUGGAAUCUUCGGAGACGCAGACCAGUCUUUGAAUCAGACAUCGGACGAGCCUCGAGAGGAGUUGGUCGCUCACCGCCCCGCCUCGUCGAGGCCUUCGCUCUCGGAGCUCAUUGAUAUGGGGAGCUCAGUUAUAUGCAUGAAUCCAUCGGUUCGUGUCCCUGCCGGUGCUCAUCACAACCACAUUGAAAGCAACUCUGGAUUGCGAUUUCCGUCUCUUUUGGAUCAAUCGAACACAGACAACAAUGUAUCGACUCCGCCCUUGGCCUUCAAUCAGCGCCCUCUGACGAAUCAAACUGCUCUUUCGUCCGCCGCGCAGUCAGCCAUGAGCGAAUGCUUUGAUGGAACUUUACACGGAAUCACGAAGGCAGGCUUCAAUGAGCUGGCAGCCCGGAUCGCCCAAGACAAGCGCGAGCCAAACAAAAAGAAGCCUUCCAACGAUCAAGGCCCCUUUUAG